AGUCUCCAAAAUGGGUCGAUAUGCGGCUGAUCCUCUGUUCACAAAUCCAGAGAAGAUCGCAAAGUCUCGCGGUGCGAAUCUUCGCACUUCUUUCAAGAACAUGCGCGAGGUUGCUGCCGCCUUAGUUGGCCUGAAGCUGUCGAAGGCCUACAAGUACUUGGCUGAUGUACAGGAGCACAAGCAAGCUAUACCUUUCAGACGUUUCAAUGGAGGUGUAGGACGAACCGGUCAGGUACUCAAGUUCAAAACCACUCAGGGUCGAUGGCCUGAGAAAUCUUGCAGAUACAUUAUCCGCCUGCUGAAGAAUGCAGAAGCCAAUGCCGAUAAUAAAGGCCUCGACGUCGAAUCACUGAAGAUUAAGAACAUUGUUGUCCAGCAGGCUCCUAAAACGCGCAGACGUACAUACCGUGCGCAUGGUCGCAUCAAUCCUUUCCUUGGGCAUCCUUGUCAUAUCGAGGUCAUCCUUGGUGUUCCCGACGAGGUAGUGCCUCGCAACAACGACAAAGACGGGAAAGGUCUUGUGAAGUUAACUGGGCUGAACAGGCGACAAAUUGCACGGAAACGGAUCACUGCUUUAGCUGUUUGAUGUGUGGGUGCGACUAACAAUGGAAGGAAGCGGUAUAGUUAUGUGUAUGUUCUAAUUAGGUCUUAUGCUUCACAUGAUCAUGACCGUUCCUGUCCUGGUGUCUUGGGUCUUCACAUUGGUGAAUUUUUGGCGUUGUCUAACCGCGUGGCUGGGGAUUUAACCACGAGAUGGCCACAUCACUGGGGGGAAUUGAUGGACAACUGCGUGGACCGUAAUGUACAUACAAAAAUAGGGGUGCAAUGGUGUGCAUGAUUGGUGAGUGGGCACUGUAAGGGGAUAGUGGAUUGUUCAACAGUGGACUCUCGAUGAGUGCAUCGAGAUCAAUCUCCGCAGCAAGCAAAGGGUAGGCUCGAAGCCCAGGUAGGCUGGGCGGCAAUCAAGCUUGCCGCGCGA